GUCACGGUGUGACGCCAUCCCGCCGGCGGGGCUCAGACAAGAUGGUGUCGCCCGGGUCCGCCGGCGCCGAGCGGGGCCCGUAGGGACGGCGGGCGGUGACCGCGGGACAGCGGGGCCGGGGGCCGCAGGCCGCAGGUACUUGCAGCCGUGAUCUUCUCCAUGGAGAGUUGGCCAGAACCAAGAACAAGGGAGUGAGGCUAGAGAGGUCUACAUUUAUAGAAGAGAGCUUGUAGGUGGCUAGGAACUACGAACACAGCAGCUUGUCUGGCAGUGAAACCUGGGUCUGAAAGUGCAGUUAUUUCAUGUGCUGCUGUUGUCUGCAGUCUGGGCGCUGGGACUGGUUCUAAAUGGCUUCUAAGAAGUUGGGAUCCGACUCUCAUGGGCCUUUCAGUUACCUUGAUGAUGUCCCAUUCAAGAUAGGAGACAAGUUCAAAACCCCAGCGAAGGUUGGAUUACCCAUUGGUUUCUGUCUGUCUGAUUCUUCUCAGAUUGUCAAAGAAGCCCAGUAUGACUUCUCACUGGAAAAGAAAACAAUCGAGUGGGCUGAAGAUACCAAAAAAAUUCAGGCUGCCCAGAGAGAAGCUGAACGCAAGGCAGAAGAAGCUCUAGCAAACUCAAAAGCAGCUCCAGAGGACAACACCAAGAGGGGGUUCUCAGAGGGACCUUGCCCUGAAGCCAUGCCUCCUCCUAUUAACCCCAUCCUUGCUAGCCUGCAGCACAAUAAUAUUCUGACUCCUACCCCAGCCAACACCAGCUCUGUGAAGCAAAAGGUCCUCAGUCCACCUUGUCCAAAGGCAGAUUUCAACCCAGCUGAUUUUGAAUGUGAAGAAGACCCAUUUGACAAACUGGAAUUAAAAACUAUCGAUGAUAAGGAGGAAUUAAAAAAUAUCCUUGAAAUUCAUGUUGGUACUACUGGGCCAAUUGUUGCCCAGCUAUUAGAUAAUACUUUGCCCAAAGGAGGGUCUGAAUCUGUGUUGCAAGAUGAAGAAGUUCUGGCAUCCAUAGAAAGGGCCACAUUGGACUUCAAACCCCUUCACAAACCCAAUGGCUUUAUCACUUUACCACAGUUGGGAAACUGUGAAAAGGUGUCCUUGUCUUCCAAAGUGUCCCUUUCUCCCAUCACUUCAGUGAGCAAUAUCAAAUCCCUGUCAUUCCCUAAGUUUGACUCCGAUGAGGGCGAUCAGAAAUCAUCAAAGCUCACGAGCACUUUCCACAGCACUACCUGUCUUCGCAAUGGCACUUUGCUUAGCUCUUUGCAGACCUGUGCUCAGAGCCAAGCCAGUGAACUGAACGGACACCAUAUGCUUGGUCUUUCCGCCAUAAACGAGGACAGUGGCAGGGAGACAUUAUCCUCUUCAUCCAGACUGUCUUCCCUGGCUGUUUCGACUGUUUGUACAGAAGAAGAAUCAUCUCAAAGCACAUCAACUACGCAGGUACACCCAGACUACGAGGAAACAGAAAUCCCUGUGGUAACACACCAAAACUUUGCAGUGUCUAAAGUGCCCAAUAACAGUAGCUGCACGAAGUGGCUGGGCAGUCUCACCCCUGAGCUGCAGCAGGACCUCUCCCCCAGCGAGAGGCACUGUGUGGAGACCGUGGUCAACAUGGGCUACUCACCUGAGAACGUCCUGAAAGCCAUGAAGAAGAAGGGACAGAACAUAGACCAGGUUUUGGAUUACCUGUUUGCACAUGGACAGCUUUGUGAGAAGGGCUUUGAUCCACUUCUUGUUGAAGCAGCUUUGGAAAUGCACCAGUGUUCAGAGGAGAAGAUCACAGAACUUCUCCAAUUAAUGAGUCAAUUCAAAGAAAUGGGCUUUGAACUAAAAGACAUUAAGGAGGUCUUAUUAUUACACAAUGACCAACACAAUGCUUUGGAAGAUCUAAUGGCCCGUGCAGGAGCCAGCUGAAGACACAUUCCUGGAUUCUUGGCGUGCAACAGAGCAGGACCAGCCCCGCCACCUUUGCAUCCAGUGUGACUUGCUCUCUACAGGAAGGAGUCCAGCUUUUUGCAUACAAGGGCAAGCAACUGAGCAAGCCUGUCUGCGUGCAUCACUCCAGCAUUUCUCUUUCCACUGAGGGCCAGCUUUCAUUCUUAAAUUAAAUUUUAAAGUGUCCUUUCCUAAGUUUCCUUUUUCCAGCUUGGCCACGGAAAGUUGGGACUGCCCAGUCUCAACUGGAAUUGUACAUAGGUAGAGAUGGAGUGGUUCCCCCCUCAUUGUUGCACUGGAGUUGGACAGAAGAAUAUUAAGUUGAUUCUGAAACUAGGAUGCUUUGGUUCUUUGAAGCUGCUUUCAUGGUGUCUUGUCUGCUUGUACUGAAUUACUUGACUGUGUCACAGUCCAGAUUACCUGGUUAAAUUUGACCUUAGUGCAAUGGAGUUUUGUUUUUUGGUUGAAAGUUAGUCUGUAACUUAGUAAAACACUGGUUCAGAAACUGUCACUAUGCAUAAAGAGAGAACCUUGUUUUGUCCUCUUGGUUUUUGUUUUUUACCCGUGCAUCCAACACUUCUGCCAGACACAAGUAUCCAAUGCUAAAUGGUAAGUUCCCUUGAUGCAGGUAAGCUGUGAACUCAACCUGGACCUGCAACUUGUGUUGGUUCUUGAAGGCAGAGAGCUGGGGAUCAGUAUUUUUAAUCCUCUGGGCUUGUACGAUAUUUAAGACAAUGCCCUGCUAGAAAGUUGGUUAUCUUUUUGUUUUAAAUAAUACACAGUGUGAUGCAGGAGGUUUCUUUCAAGCACUUUCUUUAAAACAAAUAUACUCACUGCAUUAGUUCUGUUUUUCACACUGCUAUAGAAUUACAUAAUAAUAUCUAGUACUGCAAAUCAGGUUUGGGGUUGUUUUUGAUAGUUCAAAGUAUUACGUUGUGCAUUGAUCAAGUUCUAAAUACAUAAAAUAUCAGCAGUCUUGAAGAAUCUCUAAUUUGCUAAAUAUUUUGAUUCUGCAGAAUGACUAAUAAAACCCUGAAAUAUAA